AUGAAGGCUCAGGUGACAAAUGAAGAAAAAGAAGAACAAGCUCGCCUCUGCGAGGAGAUCGAAAAGCUCUAUAAUGAGGCAGAUGAGAUUCUCGGUGAAGUCGUAAGAAUGCGCAAAAAUUACCCGAAAAUAAUUGCAGAGCUUAGGAAUCUUGAAAACCGUGAGAGGUUCGCACGUUGGGCGCAGGCACCCUUGCUAUCUGUUUCUUCUGAUCCAAUUGAUGUUGAGAAAUUGAAGAAAGAGAUAACAUUGAAGGUGGACAAAACAAAAACGGUUUCAGAGGAGAGGAAGGAGCUAGAGAAGGAGAUUGAAGAGCUGGAAGCUGAACUCGAAAAAUGGGACCGGUACAAUAACUCGCUUCUCGAUAUGCUCACAAGUGAAAAAUACGCUCCAAUCGAUGCGCUACCGCCAGACUUCAAGUUGUCGUAA